UUUGUUUAAUUUAGGUACUUUGUACUUUUAUUUAUUCCUAAUCAUAAUUCAUCAAUUUAUUAGAUUAUUUUAUUUGACUAAUAACUUUCGUGACGUAGUUCAACUUUCGGUGUGUUAUUCUGAUGACAAUCGCGCGAUAAUUUCCUCUUUCAAGUGAACAUUCCGCGUUUAUGUGCUCUCCAUGAUUGGUGUUUCUUCAAGUUACAAAAACGACAGUAAUAUCAAGGUAAAGUUGAAGAAUAUGAAACGACGCGAACGCAGCUCUAGCCGAGACAGCUCUCGGUAUCGCAGGAAGCGAAAUCGUUCCAGUUAUGGCCGAUACGAGGACAGCUCGGACGAACGUACUUCACCGGAUAGAAUUCGACGCCACAGCCGGGUACGAUCACCUACCAGUCCUCAUUCUAGAUACGGCUACGAAAAAGGCGCACGAGAAGAACACGGUGCUUCUAGAGACGGUGAAAAGGCUCAUCCGUCGUACAAAGUACUGUGUGUUAGCGCUCUACACACCAAAGCCAGCGACGACGUUAUAAAAGACUCCUUGUACACCGAGUACAAGAAAUUCGGCGACUUGAGCGUACGUAUUUCUCACGAUUUAGACGAACGAGUAGCCUACGUGUGUUUUCGUAACAGCGAAGAUGCUAAAGAUGCCAAACACGCUAAACCUCGGGUCGUUAUUUACGAUAAAGUAGCUUUAGUCGAACCUGUUUACGAAAGUCGAAGCUCGGUUGAACGUCAUAGACAUCGUAGUCGUCCCAGAUCGCGGAGCUAUUCGCCCGAAUAUGACAGAUACUAUCGCCGUUCGCCUUUACCCGAUCCGUACAGAGCGGAAAGAUUCUACGAUCGUUUACCUUACGCUCCGAUACCGAUGAUACGAGAUUUUAGGCGCGAUUUACCUCCUGUGCCGCAUCCGGAAUUUCUGCCCAGACCGCCUCUUCAUCCAGCUCUUCCGGUUCCGCCUCAUUUACCGCCGGCUCCUCCUCAUCUAUAUGUACCCGGACCUCGUCCAUUUAUACCGUUCAAACCGCCUCACGCUCAUUUCAUGGAUAAACUCGAGAAAAAAGACAAGUUCCCGAACUAUCUUCAGCAUAUACCGCCCGAAGACGAUCCUUUAGCUACGCGUACUCUGUUCGCUGGUAAUUUAGAGCUGAGUAUAUCGGAGGAAGAACUCAGACGUAUAUUUAGCCGAUACGGUGUCGUCGAAGAUGUAGAUAUCAAAAGACCUAUGCCCGGUACCGGUAACGCUUACGCUUUCGUCCGCUACAAGAAUUUAGAUAUGGCUCAUCGCGCCAAAGUCGAGCUUUCCGGCCAAUACAUCGGUAAAUUCCAGUGUAAAAUCGGAUACGGUAAAGCCACGCCUACUACUCGGAUUUGGGUCGGUGGCCUAGGCCCUUGGACGUCGACUACUCAACUCGAAAGAGAAUUCGAUAGAUUCGGAGCGAUCAAGAAGAUCGACUACGAUAAAACGGAAAACAGCGCCUAUAUUUUAUACGACUCGAUCGACGCAGCCACCGCAGCCGUGAAAGAAAUGCGCGGAUUUCCUCUAGGCGGUAGCGAACAUAAGCUCAGAGUGGAUUUCGCCGAUAUCGGAUCACGCCAGCCGAGACCUCCUCCUCCGCCUUCUUCAUACGAUGACGUCGCUACCGGCGCCGGAGAUUACAGAGUCGGAGCCUCAGGAGCCGACGAACCUCCACCGUACGUGCCUUACGAACCGUUAUGGAACACCGAUUACGAAUACGACAGCAGGCCACCUGGUAUUCCACCCGGUGUCACGUUAUGGAGCGAACGUGGUAAAAACGACAAAGAGUCGUACAGCAGUCGCACCCUUAGCAGUCCCAACGACUACUCCAAGGACGAAGAUUGGGGUAAAGAAGCCGCAGAUCGAGAUUACGACGGUCAUAAGUAUAAACGAGUUCGAUCAUCUUGCAAUAACAGCGAAAGCGACUCUGAUAGCCGUUUCAACGGAGCUCUGGCUACGGCUGCGUCUUUAGCUGAUAUCACACGUUGCACUACUAACGCUUGGCAAGGAGCCCUGAUCCUGAAAAGCUCCCUGUUCCCGGCCAAGUUUCAUAUCACCGACGGCGACGGUAACAUAAUCAACGUUCUGAUGAAAAGUGACGAAAGCAAACACCUGCUAAGAAUAUCGCAGAGAUUACGCUUAGAUACGGCCAAAUUGGAAGACGUUUCGAAGCGUAUCGUUUCAUCUCCUGGUUACGGGAUUUUUGUCGGACUACCCGGCCCUUCGUCUAGUAUAUUUUUCGACGAAACGACCGCUCAAUGCAGACCGCUGAGAAAUCUCAUAUCGUAUUUGAAACAGAAGGAGGCUGCCGGCGUCAUAUCUUUGUUCAAUAAAGAUACCGAAGCCAAGGGAGUACUGUACGCUUUUCCGCCAUGUCAGUAUUCGGCCGAUUUGCUCAAACGUACUGCGCAUGGCAUGUCAGCCGAAAGCAUGAAGGAAGAUCACCUCAUGAUCGUCGUCGUGAAAAAUGACGCCGCCUAGACUGAUCCAAUUUGCGCUGUGUACUUUGCGUAGUCUGCCUAUUUUUCUUACAAUACGAAAUAGUAAUGUGAUUGAUUUUUUAUCAUCCGAAGAAUAUUGUGCCCGCGCUGCGCGAUUGCGAUUAACUUGACCGGUUUUGUUUUGAUAUUUUUGUGAUGAUCGUGAACAGUACCGCAAAUCUACAUUAUGGACGGAUUCAUUAUAAUACUUUUAUCUUAUUUUCAUGUUAAAAUAAGAUUUUAUCGUGAUUUUUUUUCAUUUUUUUUUUUAAUGCAAUAGUACGUAUUAUGGUGAAAGUGUUUAAUAUAAAUGCAAAGUGUGUGUUUGUGUGCGAUGUUUUCAAUGCAUUUUACUAUUUUUUUUUCUCGCUGUGUAAUUGCGCGAUAUAUUAUUCACUCUAUUUAUUUCUUAACAAACUGGUUUUUGUUUCGAAAAAUGCAAUAAAACUGGUAAUUUUAUUUAUUCAUUUUAUUUUUUCAUAUUUUAAAGUCGACGCUUUUUAUGUUGUGGUUACUCAUUUUCGCUAACGUAAUAUUAUUUAUUUAAUAUGAAAACGUAUUGUAAAUAUAUUGUGAACGGUCGUUCGUUUAAUAGUUUAAAUUUUUUUGUUUUACGCGGAUUGGUUUGUGAAAUUUUUUAGAGUUUUAAAAAAAGAGUUUAACUUGAUAGUAUAACGUAAUUUUUGAAGAAGUGAGAAAUACGAGUACGUGGUGUGUAUUUGUUUAUGUAGUUUUAUUCGUAAUGGCGUUUUAUUGAACUGCUUAUAUAUUAUAUUGAUCAAUAAUAUACGUUUUGAGUUUUUAA